AUGCCCUCAAUAGCGCCAUACAGAAAUGACAUGAAUAAUGUGCUUCAGCAGAUUGUUACGUCCUCCUCAGAGGCAGACACAUUGGAUCAAUUGAUUCCGUACAUCAAAGACUACAGCUACGGAAACAAGACUGCCCAUCUGCUGAGCCAGCUAUCAGACCUUGCCGGUGAGCGGGAGGCCGAGAUUGAGCGCCAAUGCAACACCAACCACCAGGAGUUUGUAAAGUCUGUUAAUCAGCUGCUCCGGAUCCGCGAGGGCACCGUCACUCUCACCAACGAGAUUCUCGAGCUGAAUCAGUCCAUUCAAGCGAGUACCGAGCGUCUCGUAGAUCAGAAGAAAGCCCUGGUUGAGUCCCGCGGCGUGAGACAGAAUAUCGAAGAUGCUCGGCACGCUCUGCAAGAUUGUCUAGAAGUUCUUCGCCUGGCGAAUCAAGUCCAGGAGCUUCGUGACCAAAAGAAACACUAUGCUGCUCUCCGAGCUCUAGACGAGUUGCAGAGCGUCCAUCUCCAGAAUGUCACGCAGUACGAGUUGAGCGAGCUCAUUCAGAAAUCGGUACCUGCGACUCAGAAAUCGAUUGCUGAAGCCGUCAUGGCCGACCUCAACACCUGGCUAUUUCGCGUCCGAGAGAUGUCCCAAUAUCUGGGGGAGUUGUCCUUCUACCAUACUGAUCUUCGCAAGCAGCGGCUGAAGGAAAGAUCCGAAAAGACAUCAUAUCUUGCCAACUUCAAACUCAACUCUGCCAUUGAGCUGGUGGCGGACGAACACGAGGAAUUCGACCUGCUCAAAAGCGAAGACCUCGAGGUGGAUUUCUCUCCGUUGUUCGAAGCACUGCACAUCCACCGCUCACUCGGUCAAAUGGAGAAAUUCAAGACCGACUACGCCGCCAGUCGCCGCGCUCAACGCGAUCUCCUGCUUCAGAAUUCCAUUUCCCUCGUCGACGAAGAGAUGGGCGAUCUCCACACUCUCUUGGAAGAUAUAGCAGGUUUCGCCAUCAUGGAGCGUGCCACGAUGAAAAAGGUCCCUGAUCUGCGCUCUACGACCGAGGUUGAAGAGCUUUGGGACUCGCUCUGCCAAACGGCAAUCUCAUUGAUGUCCAAGGCCCUCUCGGCCGUGGACAACGCCGAACACCUGCUGAAGAUCAAAAACCUCAUCUCCUUGUUUAUCCAGACCAUGAACGGCUUCAACUUCAACACAGCGGCCAUGUCCAAUUUCGUUUUGGUGUUGUUUGACAAGUACGCCGAGCUGCUCAAGCAGCGGUUCAGCGAAGACUUUAUCGAGAUCGUCAGCACAGACGAUUACAUGCCCAUGCCGAUCCAGAAUGCCGAGGAAUUCGAAAAAGUCGUCAACGUGUCCUGGUAUACGCCGGAUCGCCCUGUACAUGAAAUGACUUUCCCGACCGUCUUCCCCUUCUCGCAAAUGUAUCCGCUCUGCUGCAUCGACAUCCGCAACUUCCUGAACCAAUUCUACUUCUUCUCCGCGCAGGAGGACAAUGCGGGCGCGUCGCCGCUGACGGCCAAGAUCGAUUCCCAACUGCUGACCUCGCUCGACGACCUGUUGACCACCAAAGUCUGCGCCAGCCUGGUGUCGAAACUCUCGUCGCAGUACCUGGGCCAAAUCGUGCAGAUCCUGAUCAACCUCUCCCAUUUCACCACCGCCUGCCACGAACUCGAAACGCUGCUGGCCACGGCGCGUUCGUCGGCAUCCUCGUCAGCUCUCAACGGCGGCGGCGGCGGAGGAGGAAGCGCUGGCGUGGGUGUUGGCCCACCCGUCUCUCUCAAGGCCACUGCGCAAUUCAGCACGCACCAGAAGACGGCCGAGAACCGCAUUUUUGAGCUUGUCAACAGCAAAGUCAGCGACCUGAUCGAGACGGCCGAGUAUGACUGGCUGUCCCGCGACCCCCCAACCGAACCAUCAAACUACAUCCUCACCCUAACGCGGUACCUGUCCAACAUAAUCAACAGCGUGCUUCUCUCUCUCCCGUCUUCCCUCAAAGACCUCAUGCUCUUCAACGCCAUCUCCCACACCGCAUCCAGCAUCCUCUCCUUACCGCUGUCGCCACAAGUAGAUCGAAUCACCACGGCCUGCAUCGCCCAGAUGGACAUGGACAUCCAACACUUCCGGAGUUACGUCGAGACCCUGCCCAACAACAGCAUCCUGCUCGAGUCGCUGGACGAACUGAUCCAGACGGUCGCAUUGAUGAGCACCGACCAGCCCGACGAGUUCUACGACAUUUCUCUGCGGAACAAGAAAUACCGCAACGUCGACCCGCUCAAGGGUCCCGAGCUGCUGGAGAAGGUCGUCCAUGUCGAAGUCAGACCGCCAGCCGUGUCUGCUGCUAGAGGCGCAGGCGCGCAACACGUGCAUUUUGACGGUGGUGACAACGGUGGAAAAGAUGGCGGCGUGCACAGUCCCGGCGGUGCCGGCCUGGCACAUAGUGGGAGCACAGGCUCGAGAGGUGGCAACACUUUUGCGGCGCUGCAGAAUCGGUUCAUGUCUCAUGGCAGCGGGCGGUGA